AUGGAGAUUACAGCAGCUCAGUACGAACGCAUUGCACCGGUCCUGCCCGUUCAGCGGGGGAACGUCAAACUGUCGAACUUGCAAGUGCUCAACGCGAUUCUGUAUGUCGCUGAGCAGGGCUGCAAGUGGCGGGGGUUGCCGGCCCGAUUCGGCAACUGGCAUACCGUCUACACACGGAUGAACCGCUGGUCGAAGAAUGGGGUGCUCGACCGGGUGUUUGAACACCUCCAGCGGGAACAGAUCGUGCGCAUCAAACUCGAAGCGGUAGCGAUGGACAGCACCAUCGUCAAGUCUAUCGGCAAGUCCCGGGGCAGCUGGACCACCAAGAUUCAUAUGGUUGCCGCGGAUGCUCGAACCGCCAUAACGUUCUGGCUCUCCCCUGGACAGGCCCACGACGCGCCGGAAGGGCGUAAGCUGCUGACCCGUCUUGACCCGCAACGCCCAGGCCUGUCCCGGUUGAUGGACCGGGCAUAUGAGGGCAAUGAGACCCGCCAACUCGCCUUGGCCUUGGGGUUCAUGCCGGUGGUGCCACCCCUGAGCACCCGUGUACACCCAUGGGCUUAUGACCGGGAGAUAUACCAGAGGCGGAAUCAGAUCGAGCGGCUGUUCCGCCGACCGAAGGGAUUUAGCCGCAUCUUCUCGCGCUUCGAGAAGCUCGACGUGCUCUUCCUCGGGUUCAUCUCAUUCGCACUCAUUCUCGAUGCACUGCGUUAG